AUGAAUAUCAUCAAGCUGCAAAAGAAGUAUCCCCAGUUCGACCAGGGCGAGAUCUUCGGCCUGCAAGACGCUUUCCGCAAGCUCGAUGUCGACGACAAUGGCUACCUCGACGAGUCCACAGUCAUCAAGGCCGCCCAGCAGUCGGAGCACCAGCCUUACGAUGUCGUACGACAAGCCCUGAAAGAGGUCGAACUCGACUCCUCAAGGAGAGUAGAGCUUGACGAUUACGUAGAUCUCAUCUCCAAAUUGCGAGUAUCAUCUCCAGCCCAACAGCGCAUGUCUACCGGCCCAACCCGCCCACGAGCCGGCACUGCUACAAGCGUCAACUCACCCUCCAACCCAGGGCACGCCUCCAAAGGUAGCUUAGGUGGUGGCAGGAUCCAGGUUCAGGGCUCCUCUGCCAAUGUCACCCACACUAUCAACGAGGAUGAGCGAACCGAGUUUACGCGCCAUAUCAACGCCGUCCUUGCCGGCGACCCAGAUAUUGGCGACCGCUUGCCCUUCCCAACCGACACUUUUGAGAUGUUCGAUGCUUGUAAAGACGGUCUAGUCCUGUCCAAGCUCAUCAACGACAGCGUACCAGACACCAUUGAUGAGCGUGUGCUGAAUAAGCCGGGCAAGAAGAUCAAGGCGCUGAACAACUUCCACUUCAGUGAGAACAACAACAUUGUCAUUGAGUCAGCCAAGGGUAUCGGCUGCUCGGUUGUCAACAUUGGUAGUGGAGACAUCAUCGAAGUGCGAGAGCACUUGAUUUUGGGUCUCAUCUGGCAGAUCAUCAGGAGAGGUCUGUUGGGAAAGAUCGAUAUCAAGCUCCACCCAGAGCUGUACAGGCUUUUGGAGGACGAUGAGACCCUAGAGCAGUUCCUGCGCCUGCCUCCGGAGCAAAUUCUGCUGAGGUGGUUCAACUAUCACCUGAAGAACGCCAAGUGGCACAGGACUGUUACCAACUUCUCGACUGACGUCAAGGAUGGCGAGAACUACACCGUCCUCCUCAACCAGCUAGCGCCCGAGAUUUGCUCGCGCUCUCCACUUCAGCAGACUGACCUUCUCCAACGUGCUGAGAUGGUCCUGCAGAACGCCGAUGCCCUCGAAUGCCGCAAGUUCCUUACCCCCAAAUCGCUUGUAGCCGGAAACCCCAAGCUCAACUUGGCCUUCGUCGCCAAUCUGUUCAACACACACCCUUGCCUCGACCCCAUCACAGAGGAGGAAAAGGCCGAGAUUGACGACUUCGAUGCGACAGGAGAGCGCGAAGCUCGUGUCUUCACUCUCUGGCUCAACUCCCUCGACGUAAAGCCGGUUGUGCAAUCUUUCUACGAAGACCUCAAGGAUGGUACCGUCAUUCUUCAAGCAUACGACAAGGUCAUUCCAAACAGCGUGAACUGGCGACACGUCAACAAGCCGCGCGAAGGCCAAGAGCUGAUGCGCUUCAAGGCUCUCGAGAACACAAACUACGCUGUCGAGCUUGGCAAGCAGAACCAGUUCUCGCUACCUGGUAUCCAGGGUGCUGAUAUCACCGACGGCCAGCGCACACUUACCCUGGGUCUCGUAUGGCAGCUGAUGCGCAAGGACAUUGUUUCCACUCUCAAUGAUCUUGCCCAGCAGCUCGGCAAGCGUGAAAUUGCUGAUGCCGACAUGAUCAAGUGGGCUAACGACAUGGCCAGGAAGGGCGGCAAGAACAGUCAGAUCCGCUCUUUCAAGGACUCCUCUCUCAGCAACGCCAUCUUCCUUCUCGACGUUCUGGCCGGCAUGAAGCCUGCAUACGUCGACUACGACCUCGUUGCUCCCGGUCGCAACGAUGACGAGUGCUACCAGAACGCUAAACUGGCCAUUAGUAUUGCACGAAAGAUGGGCGCUACCAUUUGGCUUGUACCAGACGACAUUGUCGCCGUACAGAGCAGACUUAUCACCAGUUUCAUUGGUAGUCUGAUGGCCACGGCUGAAAAGGGCCAGUAA